CAGGGCGGGGCCUGCUGGGAAAUGCUCCGGGCGUGGACUGCGGCCGGUGCGGCCCUAGGGCACACGGCGGCCGGUUGGGUGAGGACCAUGGCCUCCCACCCGCUCCUGGUGCCCCCCCCAGAGGCCCUGAGCAAGCCCCUGUCCCUCCCCAGCCGGCUCCUGCUGGGCCCCGGCCCCUCUAACCUGAGCCCCCGCGUCAUGGCGGCCGGGGGACUGCAGACGAUAGGACACAUGCACGAGGAGAUGUUCCAGAUCAUGGACGAGGUCAAGCAGGGCAUCCAGUAUGUGUUCCAGACCAGGAACCCCCUCACGCUGGCCAUCAGCGGCUCGGGGCACUGCGCGCUGGAGGCCGCCCUCUUCAACCUCCUGGAGCCGGGCGACCCCUUCCUGGUCGGGGUCAACGGCAUCUGGGGCCAGCGGGCCCAGGACAUCGGGGAGCGCAUCGGAGCCCGCGUGCGCGCCAUGAUCAAGGACCCUGGAGGCCACUUCACGCUGCGGGAGGUGGAGGAGGCCCUGGCCCAGCACAAGCCGGUGCUGCUGUUCCUGACCCAGGGGGAGUCAUCCAGCGGCGUGCUGCAGCCCCUGGACGGCUAUGGGGAGCUCUGCCACAGGUACCAGUGCCUGCUCCUGGUGGACUCGGUGGCCUCCCUGGGCGGGGUCCCCAUCUACAUGGACCAGCAGGGCAUCGACGUCCUGUACUCGGGCUCCCAGAAGGUCCUGAACGCCCCCGCAGGCAUCUCCCUCAUCUCCUUCAGCGACAAGGCCAAAGAGAAGAUCUACACGCGGAAGACCAAGCCCUUCUCCUUCUACCUGGACAUCAAGUGGCUGGCCAGCUUCUGGGGCUGUGAGGACAAGCCCAGGAUAUACCACCACACACCCCCCGUCAUCGGCUUGUACAGCCUGAGAGAGAGCCUGGCCCUCCUCGCAGAGCAGGGCCUGGAGAAGAGCUGGCGGCAGCACCGAGAGGCCUCCGAGUACCUGCACCGGCGCCUGCAGGGGCUGGGCCUGCAGCUCUUCGUGAAGGAUCCGGCAACCCGACUGCCCACCAUUACCAGCGUGGUCGCACCCGCGGGCUACGACUGGAGAGACCUGGUCCGCUACGUCAUGGACCACUUCAACAUCGAGAUCACGGGCGGCCUCGGGCCCUCGGUGGGGAAGGUGCUGCGGAUCGGCCUGCUGGGCUGCAACGCCACCCGGGAGAAUGUGGACCGAGUGACCAGGGCCCUGCAGGAGGCCCUGCAGCGCUGCCCCCGGAACAAGCUGUGA